CUCCCUCGAGGUGUCUCCGUCUCCUCCUCCUCUCCGCCACCUCGUCUCGUCUCCCCUCCUCCCGCGCGCGUAAGCUCCAUGGCCAUGGCGAGGUAGUAUACAGGUAGUAGUAGUGGUACUACUAGUGCCGGUGCUACUGCUUCGUCGGUGGGGGGAUCGAUCGAUGCGAUGAUGGUGGGGUCGACGUCGGCGGCGAAGCGGCUGGCGCGGGGGGUGAUGAGGAGGCCGCUGGAGAAGGCCGGGGCGGCGGGGCUGGUCGCGAUGCUGGCCGCCGCCGCCGCGCUGCUCCUGCUCGUGUGCGCCGCCUCGCUCCGCUGCUCGGCCGCCGUCGGCUCGGCGCUGGCGGCGCCCAAGAAGCUCCUCAGCGGCGGGGUCUCCAUCGAGGAGCCCCGCGGCGGCGGCGCCGGCGGAGGCGGCGGAGGCGAGGAGUGCGACCUGUUCGACGGGGAGUGGGUGUGGGACGACGGCUACCCGCUCUACGCCUCCAGGGAUUGCCCCUUCCUCGACGUCGGCUUCCGCUGCUCCGAGAACGGCCGCCCCGACGACUCCUACACCAAGUGGCGAUGGCGCCCCUCCCGCUGCGAUCUCCCCAGAUUUAAUGCCAGAAAUAUGCUAGAGAAACUCAGAAACAGAAGAGUUGUAUUUGUUGGGGAUUCGAUUGCAAGAAACCAAUGGGAGUCUCUGCUUUGUAUGCUCGCUGCUGCUGUUCCUGACAAGAGCUCCAUCUUUGAAGUUAAUGGGAAUCCUAUUACAAAACACAUGGGUUUCUUAAUUUUCAAGUUUAGAGAGUACAAUUGCACUGUGGAGUAUUACAGGUCUCCUUUCAUAGUCCUUCAAGGUCGUGCACCAGCUGGAGCCCCUGCAGUCGUAAAAUAUACAAUUAGAGUAGAUGCCAUGGAUUGGAUGUCUGGCCGGGGUAAGUGGAAGGAUGCUGAUCUUUUGAUCUUUAACACGGGGCACUGGUGGAACCAUGAGAAAACAAUCAAAGGUGGCGCCUAUUUCCAAGAAGGCAACGAGGUCAAAAUGGAGAUGACUGUUAGAGAUGCUUACCAAAGAUCCAUGCAGACAUUGUUUCAUUGGCUUCGCAAUGAAGUUAACACAAACAAGACCCAGAUCAUCUUCCGUACAUAUGCUCCUGUGCAUUUCAGAGGUGGUGACUGGAAGACUGGAGGGACCUGCCACUUGGAAACUCUACCAGAUGUAACUCCAAUUAAAUCGCUGGAACCGUGGGCUGACCUGCUUGAACCCAUAAAUCAUGUACUGGGGAACAGCAUCACGACCAAGCUUGUCGGGCUGGAUAUACUGAAUGUGACUCAGAUGACAGCUCUGCGUAAAGACGGGCACCUCUCGGUGUACCUGAGUCCUUCAGGGCCUGCAUCUCAUCACAGGCAGGAUUGCAGCCACUGGUGCCUGCCUGGUGUCCCUGAUGCAUGGAAUGAACUCCUCUAUGCCUUGUUCUUGAGAAGAAAGAUGGUGAUGCCCCACAAUGUUUCAAGUGUGGGAGCUAAAAGACUCAACACUGGGUGAUAAAAGCCAAAGGAGUACUGCUGGAUGGCCAUGUCCUCUCUUACUGAAGCAAAGCUUUCAUAACUCAUAAGCUAGGUAGCUGAGCUGGGGAGGACACAUUUUUGGUAGUACAUUAGUACAGUUUGGUUGGCAAGAAGUUAAGCUGCACCACUGUGCUGUGAUUUUCAAUUGCGGAGGUUAGCGAAAAGAGCUGGGCAAAGGUAACAGUAGCUCUUUUUUUUUUUCCGAUAGUGAAAAUCAUUGCAACCUCUACAUCCAAGUGUAUAUCCGGUCAUGGUAACAAUAGCUUAGCCUGUAUUAUGACGGUGAUUUGUGUGUUUCAUACAGAAUGAUUGGUGUAAAUAUAUAGCAGCUGCGAAAUGGGCAGCUUGUUUCAGUUGUGUACUACUAUGUAAUUUGAAGAAUUUGUUUGCUGACGCAUAUGGUUCUGACUUCUCA